AUGUUAUUCGAAAAUACAGAAAAACCAAAAACUUCACCAUUCUUUGAACAUGCAUUUCCAACAGCAACAAUUCAACCAACACCAACAACUGUUCACUUAUCAAAUCAACAACAAUUUCUGCCACGUCAUUAUUACAAAAGACAACAUCAUCAACAAUCAAUAUCAACAAAUAAUCGAACAUAUUCAACACAAAAUAAUCAUUUAACUUCCCAACAUAAUCGAAAAGAUUAUCCAGGUAACAAAACACAACAAUUAAAUCCAUGUUUAAUUUGCAACAAGAACAAUCAUACAACGACAAAAUGUUUUUAUAAGAAGAACAACGGCUGUUUUAAAUGUGGACAAUCAAUUCAUCAAAUACCAAAAGAGUCAUCAACCUCAACAACAUUUACUCCUAUUUUCGUCAAAAUCUUAUGCAACAACACUGCACAAAAAGCACUCAUUGAUACCGGAUCGGCCAUCACUAUUAUUCAUCAACAUCUAUUAAAUGAUAUACAACAUGAAAAAUUAAUACCAAAAACAAUAAAUCAUUUAUCUGCAAAUUGCUCAACAUUAAAUAUUAUUGGUGAAAUACCUUUAGAAAUAAAUGUUAAUGGAAUAAAAACAACAAUUAUUGCUAAUGUUACAACAAAUCUUGUUACAAAUUUAAUAUUAGAUAGCGAUUGGAUUCAAUCAAACAAUGUUUAUAUUCUUACACCUGAACAACGAAUUAUGAUCCGACGUCGAGGUAAAGAAGUAUCAAUUCCUUUUGUAAAGCCACCUCUUUUAAAUUAUCCAGCUAGUCUUAUUAAUUAUAUUACUCUUCCUCCUUUUUCAGAAAAAAUAGUAGAAGCAAAAGUUCAACCCAACAAUAUAACUGAUGUAUUAUUUGAACCGAAUCCUCGAUUAAAAAAUAAAGCAUUAUUUACUGCCAAUGCAUUACUCAAUAUUGAAAAUAGAACAAUAAAAAUUAGUAUAAUUAAUGCGAUGAAUCGACAACAAACGCUUUCCGAAGGAACCAAAUUAGAACGCAUUCCAAAAGGAAAAGCAAAACCAUCAAAAAUUGAUAUUAUCUUUAAAAAUGCUAUCGGUACUGGUACACAUCGACCAAUUCAUACUUCACCAUAUAGGAAAUCCAACAAAGAUCCAGAAAUCUUAAGAAAAGAAACGGAAAAAUUAUUAAAAAAUGGAAUUAUUGAACAGUCAACAUCUCCAUGGUCUUCACCAGUCGUAUUAGUUAAAAAGAAGGAUGGAACAACAAGAUUUUGUGUCGAUUAUCGUCGUUUAAAUCAAAUUACAACAAAAGAUGCUUUUCCUCUACCAAGAAUUGAUGCUAUUUAUGAUCAAUUAACAAAAGCAACAUAUUUCACAAAAUUUGAUUUCAAAGCUGGUUAUUUUCAAGUACCAUUAGACAAAGCAGAUCGACCAAAAACAGCAUUUUCAACUCGAGAUGGACAUUUUCAAUUUAAAGUAUUACCACAAGGCCUUACUAAUGGUCCACCAACAUUUCAACGUAUUGUUAAUCAAAUAUUAGGUCGAAAUAGGUGGAAACAUGUACUCGCCUAUAUUGAUGAUAUUAUUAUUUACUCACAAAACUUUAAUGAACAUUUAAAGCAUAUUGAAGAAGUAGUUGCAAGAAGAGAAAUAUUAUUUCUUGGACACGUAAUUAAAGCUGGUACUAUUAAACCUGAUCCAAAUAACAUUCGUGGCUUGGCCGAUACAGAAGAACCAACAUCAGCUGAAGAAGCAUUUAGAUUUGUCAAAGCAGCAGAAUAUUAUAGGAAAUUCAUUCCAAAAUUUUCCACCAUUGCUGCGCCAUUACAUAAAUAUUCACCAGCAACAUCACAACAAACAAUUAACAAAAAAACAAAAUUUGCAUUAUCUGCUGAAGCAAGAGAAGCAUUUCACCAACUUAAGAAAAUCUUAACAACUGAUCUUAUUCUUGAUGGUCAAGAAAAGUGA